AUGUACUGUUCCAGGUCAUUCAGUAGCCCGAAAUUUUCCAAGGCAUACAACAUCAGUUCAAGUUUAGUAAACCAAAUUAUUUUAUCCUUCGUUCAUAAACCACAAAUACUGUUCAGCCACUUUCACUUGAAGCUUCGGGCUUAUAAUUGGGCGCUACCUUGUCCCGCCAGAUCCCCAUCUAUUCUCCAACCAUAUACACUUAGAACAAUCUCAACACAAUAUAAAUUCCAAAAUCAAUUCUCAACCCAAUUUCCAACUCCUAUCUUCAUGUUACUUCCACUCUCACUCCCACUCUCACUCUUAGCCCUGGCACCUACCUCAUAUCCAAUCUACAAUGGUGGCUACAACGCAGAACCAGAAAUUUUCCAAACCAAAAAUAUUUUCACGAAAAUACAGAAACUCCAACUUCACAAACCUUUCCAAAAAAAAUCCCAAUUUCAUCCUUUUUCCACCCGCUUUUCCUCAUCCUUCUACAGCCAGCCACCCUAUUCACGAAUACGCACCAGAAUCACACUUGCGCUACUAAUAUUUCCACACUACAAACUGGAGUCCUGGAAAAUACACCACAAAGAGAAAAAAAAGAAAUUUUCCAUUAAACAUUUCUAA